AGAAAAAGAAGAAAAACUACUGAAGCACUGGUAUGAAUUCAAAGAAGAUCACUCCACUUCGGGCUUCGGGGCAGUCCUCUAUUGCUUUCUUCUCCCGCUCUUCGAAUUCCGCCAGGGAUUUUAAAGAAGAUAGUACCGAUAAAGGGUCGAAGAAGGAUUCUGGAUCCCGCAUAUCGCUAUCGGAUUUCCUUGAUCGGAAGCUGCAGAAAAGUUCUGCUUCUGCACCAUUCAAGACUGUUCAGGAGAAAUCAAAGCCUUUUUCAUCCCUUGUGGGUGCUAAAGAAUUUGUGGAAUCUGCUGGAGGGCAGUCUAGAGAUAAGAAAGAAGGGGAAGGAGUAGCUCAAAAAAGGAAAGAAGGGGAAGGAGAGGGGAGCGGAAUCCUUGAUAAAGUGGUUUUUGAACAGUUCAAGCCUGGUGUUACAGAGAAAGUAGAUUGCACAGAUCCAUCGAGCAUUUGCGAAGAAGGGACUCCAAACACUGAUGAUGAAGCGCAAAAUUCAAGGAAAAGAAGGAACCCUUUUGAGAUAGAUGAAAAUGAGCACAGAGCCCGAAAGCCUUACAUAGUUUUGGGAGAUGAUCCAAGAGUAAAGCAAAAUGAUUCAAAACCCAAGCAAAGAGGAAGGAGAGACCAGCCUGCUAGCAACAAGAAACAAAGACCUCUUUACAAUCACUAUGCAAAUGGUUGUGGCUGGUGGGAUGGUGACAUGGAAUGUGUUGAUGAUGAAGAACUGGGUUAUGGUGAAGUAUGGGAAGGGGUUGGAUCUACAACACUUGGAGAAAUUGUAGAUUGGCAUUGAGUUUGAUUACCAUGUAAAAUGUUUGUUCCAAUGUAAGUUCUAACUUCUAAGUGAUGCCAAGAAUGUUUUUGUUGUUUAGUUUUGGUUAGAGUGCAGAUUGGUAGUAUGCCUCCCCUGUUGUGUAACAUAAGUUUUCUUAAUCAAGAGAUAUCAUUCUC